GCCGAUCGCCAUGUUUCAAGGGCAGCGGGGUUGGUUCUGUGGCAGCGUCGGCCGAGAACUGAGGCAGUUCUGGGUGGCCGAAGGGGGCUCCAUCAGUGACCCAAAGGACGCCGACUUCUUGUUCAGCUGUGAUGCCUCCCACCCAGACACGCUGAGAAUAUAUCAGAGCCUUGAUUACAUAGAAGAUAAUGCUACAGUUUUUCACGCCUACUAUCUCUCUGCAGUAGCUAAUGCUGAAAUGAAAAACUCGGUGGCUUUAGGUCAUUUCAUUCUUCCUCCUGCAUGCUUGCAAGAAGAAAUAAGAAGAAAAGUUGGUAGUUUUAUUUGGGAACAAGACCAACAUAUUCAGGGAGAGAAGCAUGAUGAAGUAAUAUCAAAUGAAAUAAAAGCCCUUAGGGAAAGCAGUGAACUAGCAACAGAUCAAGAAAAAGAAUUAUCCAAAAGCACAGAAAAGCAUUUUAUAAGGACUCCAGUUACAGAAAAGCAGAUGUACUUCCCUCUUCAGAAUUAUCCUGUGAACAACAUGGUAACAGGUUAUAUAUCAAUUGAUGCCAUGAAGAAAUUCCUUGGGGAGCUACGUGACUUUAUUCCUGGAAGCUCAGGAUAUUUGGCAUACCACGUUCAAAAUGAAAUUAACAUGUCUGCUAUAAAAAACAAAUUGAAGAGAAAAUGUUAAGUUAAAUUUUCUUUAUAUCUAGGCAUUUAUUUUUUCUGAAAUUUUACCAAAGAUGUGCAUAAUUUUACAUUCUCCCCUUUGGGAGAGGGGAACGGGGAAAUGGGAGAAUUCUGUUUCUUUCUCAAAAUGUGUCUUCCGGAAUUUCAGAGUCAUUCUUGCUCCAUGAUUUGACAUUUGAGCUGGAUUUUUUCCCCCAGCUUGUAAUGUUAUGUCCACAAAUCCCGAGUAUGUAGUUGUUAUGGAGUAAUUGUCUUUAAAACACUUCAUAAGAAGUCUCAGUCUGUCAGAUGGUCUUUUGGCUUUAACAUUCUAUUAAUUAUUGUUUUUCUAGGUUCAGCGCUGUGAGUACUAAGUUUAAUGAUUCUGGUCAUCUUAUUUUGAUUUUAAAAAAUUAAAAUGUUAUUGUUGAGUUCUAAAUCAUUGUUUCUAUCUUGAAAAAUAUGGAGAAAAACGUUUUAAUGAUACAGACUUCAUGUGUGGACAGUUCCUGAUAACAUAUACCAGAAGUGAUUUAAUGUAUACAAUACUAUAUCAUCUGAAAUAGGCCCUCACGUCACCUAAGAAUCACGGUGCUGGAAAGAACCUUAGAGAACAAUAAGGAAGAAGGCCUUGAAAGUGUGUCCUGCCUAGAGUGACUAACUAGGGGCCAAAUAAGGACUAGAACAUGACUGUUUCAAAUGUAACUGACAGCAGAUCUGCAAAGCCAAAACCAGCCAACAUGCUUGGCUUAUUUUUUAAAUAAUGAUUUCAAGACAGCAACUUCUUAUCUUUAUAUAUAUGGUCAUACUAUAUAGAAUCUGGUGGAUUUAUUACUUUAUAUAUAUGAUAUACUUUUUGUGAGGCUAUCAUCUUUUUAAAACUGUACUUUCUCCUAGGAAGUGCAUACCAGCUGCAGAAUUAUCUAAAGAAAAUGCACUUUUUAAAAAUGUGUGAGGGGUGCCUGGGUGGCUCAGUGGGUUAAGCCGCUGCCUUCAGCUCAGGUCAUGAUCUCAGGGUCCUGGGAUCGAGUCCCGCAUCGGGCUCUCUGCUCAGCAGGAAGCCUGCUUCCCUCUCUCUCUCUCUGCCUGCCUCUCCAUCUACUUGUGAUUUCUCUCUGUCAAAUAAAUAAAUAAAAUCUUUUAAAA